AUGUCUCGCGUCUACGAUACGUCGUCGGAGAUCUACUCGCUGUAUUCGCACCCAAUGACCAGGGCGAGCUCAAUAACCCAGGAUUCGGAGCCGCUCACAACGCCUCCGGACGAGACAUUCCUGGGCCACAGAUACAAGGCAGGGGCUGCAGAUGGGAAGGCCGCCGCCUCGCACGACGCCGUGCACAUCCGUUCCGCUACGCCUGAAACACUGCGAUACCUGGCUCCCGAGCGACGGCUGGACGCUCUGCACGAGACGCCAGAGCACGAGGAGUCGCCGUACGGGCCGUACUUCUCCUUGCCGCGCGAUCCUACAAGCUCCGGCCCCAGCCCUGCAGGGCUCGCGCGCAAAAGGACGACCAAGGAGCUGAUCGGCCGGUUCGAGUCGAUGAGCGAGCGGUCGGAAGCGCGGACGGCGGUGUCCAGCGUGAGCACCAAGGUCGAGCAGCGGAGGGCGAGGCCGGGCGCGUACCCGGCGAUCGAGCAGAAGAAGGGCCGCUCGCCCAUCAGACAGUCGAUCCGCAACAUCCUGUCUGUGUUCAAGAAGAACAAGAGCGUGUGGAAGGAACAGGGCGGGGAGUCUGGCAUCGCGGAGGAGGCUGGGCGGCCACAGGUAGAACGCCAGCCCGCGUACGGCACGCCCACGCACACGGUGCCGCAGUUGAGCGCGUUAAAGGAGUCGAAAGACCUUAGCCAGUGUACGACGCCGCUCGAGCCCGGACACGCCCGCCGCUCUGGGCCUCUGCUCCACCUCUCCCACGACAUAUCGCCCUCCGUGCACCCGGUCUGGGCGAACUGCACGGCGACGCUGCACUCGACGCACCUCCUGCUGACAUGGCACACGCGCCGCGGGAACCCGUCGACGGAUAUCAUCUCGUUCAACGCGUGCUCGGACGUGCGCUCGAUGUCGCUAUCGGAGCUGGACGCGAAUGAGCGUGCGAUGCUGCCUGUGGACGCACGCGAGGCGAAGGUGUUCGAGCUCCUUUUUGAGGGGCGGCCGCGGGAGAAAUUCGCGGCGAAGAACGUGGGCGAGAGGGCGACAUGGGUCAGUGCAAUCUGGGAUGCCAUUCUGCUGGCACAGGAGCAGAGGACGGAAGCCGCGAGUAUCAGGACAUCGGAGAUUCUUCAGAGUUCCACGGUGACAGAAAGGAACAGCACAGCGCAAGGCCGCCCCGCCCUUGAUGCGUCUCGUAAUAGCAGCCAACUGACCGUCCAGACUGUCGAUAGCUCAGCCUCUCCGCGCGUGUCCAACCUCCGUGUGGAUCGUGCGCUUCCGGAGAUCCCCAAGACGCUUGGGCCACAGUCAUCAGCUCCUCGCCUGUCACUGCAAAUUCCUGGAUCUGCUAUACGGUCCACCCCUAGCCCCACCUCUGCUCUCUCACCUUUACCCAGGCCGCCGACGACCCCGACAAGACAAACGCCGACUACGCCAACACGCUCGCAGAGCCCUUCGAUCCUCAACCUCGACAAGAAGUCGAUGGUGAGGCAACGCCUUGCGCAGCUCGAGAGCACAAAUUCGCCCACCUCGCCCACACGCGCGUCCAUGCGGGAGGCAGGAUCGCCCAGCCCUCUGCGCGCGAACAGUGACCGCGCUCCUCGGAUGGGAAGCGAGAUGCGUCGGGACGGCUCGUCCUCCAGUGCGGGCGCGUCGUCGAUUCUGGACUCCUACGGGGCGCCGAGCAUGGCUUCUCCGCUGUCUGCGUACUCCGGCCGGCUGACGUCCAAUCCUCCGACGAGUAGUACGCCAACCCGAGACGUUGCGCCGUGGAGCGGGAGCGGCUCGGAGAAUUCGUCUGCGCUCCUGAAGCCGCCUGCCCAGGACGUCGUCGUCAUCUCUCCGGCCUCGAAGUACUCCACGGAUGACCAACCCGAAACGUCGGCGCUCUCUGCCAACGACGACACUAUGCGAGAGGAUAUGGAUAUUCCCAAUCAAGAGGUCCCGCAUGUCACUACCCGAAGGCCGAUCAUACGGCUAGACACAGAUGCCUCUUCUUUAGGGCCUCCGAUGAUCUGGCAGCCGCCUCCAGCUGUCGAACAUGGACCCCCGCCCAAUAGGGUGAAUUGCCACGUUGACAAGCCGGUGCUUCGAGUAGACACAGGCACUGGUGCAUGGAAGCCCACUCCGCAUCACGAACAGAAGGGGGCGCUCGAGACCGGUGAUCUGCGGCAGGUGCUGGAGGCCAUUGGCGGUUCUGUCAAGAAGCUGGAGGGACGUGCUGACAUGGAUACCGGAGCCAUGACGGACAUCCGAUCGAAGGUCAACGCUAUCCUCACAGAGAUACGCAGUCAGCCGGGCCCGUCAGAUGGGCCGGCGUCGGUAGACAUAUCCGCGGUGCUGCAGAAACUCGAGGAUCUGCGGUCAGAGUUGAGGAUCCCUGAGCAGUCGACAGUCUCGCGCUCGCCAAUUGGGCCUGUUCAUUCGGCUGUUUUCGACGCGAUACCUGUGCUGCACGAGAAGUUAGACAUACUGGUCGCGCUUUAUGAAGGGAAGCAGAGCGUUGAGACAACUGCCGACAACGACCAAGGGGCCGGGAGUCAGGGCCAACAUAUCGAAGAAGUCCUGACCUUGUUGCGAAGCGGACAGACGCAAUGGGCCGCACAGGCGGAGCAACAGACGGACAGCAUCCGAUAUCUAAAUGAACUAAACACCUGGCUCGAGGCGUUCGUCAACCAUGGCGUCUCUCAGAUCGAGAGCGUAACGGCGGGCGUGCAGCAACUAUGCAAGGAUCUCGGCCCUGUACCCGAAAUGCAGGAGCAGAACGAAGAAGGGGAUAGUCAGCGAGGGAGCAGCCUUCUGACACACAUCCGAAAGCUGCUCGUGGAAAUUAAGGGCAGGGAGGACAACUCCGUCGUGCUACAUGCUUCUGUAAACGGCCUCAUAGCCGCAGUGCAGGAGGAUUUAAAACAGAAUGCGGAGGCUCGUAAUACUCUUACGACCGAGUCAUUGGUCGGCCUGAUAGAUCGACAGAGGCAAGACCAUGAACGAAUGCUCCGAGCCCUCGGCACCGAGCUUUCCAAUGAAAUACGUGGAGAACGCCUGCGAUUUGUUGAGGCCAUGAAGGAAGCAACUGCGAUUAAUGUUCAAAUUCAUGUGGAAGAGUUCAAGAAAGAGCUCACUCGGGAGGUGCUCCUGAUGACUCAGGAGGUCGGGCGUCUUCAACGAGAGAGGCAAGGACUCGAGCAACAAAUUGCUGAUCUUUUCGCCUUCUACGCCAAACAGAAACAAUCCGGCGGUCUCUUUCCUACUACCAAGCAAAACAUGCGGCAAGGUCACCCCCUACCGCGCCCUCAACCGUCCUCCCAAGUUCCUGGUGGAUAUCCCGUGGCUGCACGACCAGCCACUGGUGGCCGCCGACCUCUUCCUAGUCCUGUUGUCACGUCCAGACCUGCAUCAUCAUUUGUAUAA